GAGGAGAAGAAGAAGAAAGAGGAGCCAGCCACCGGGCCUCGACCGCCCCACAGAGAGGAAGAGGAGGAAGAGUCCGGCGGGGAGCAGCGGAAGGAAGUGGCGACGCAGUCUUCACGGGUCAAGGAGGAAGAGGAGAAGAAAGACGAGGAGGAGGCGGAAAGCGAGGAAGACAUGCCCUCGGUACAGAUCAAGGCGGAGCCAGAGGAGAUGGAGUGCACGGCCAAUGUAGGUGAUGAUUGUUCACAGCCAACAGACCUGAAGGUGAAGUCUGAAUGCAAGACAGAACCCAGUUCCCCUCAGCCGAGCCCCACCGAGGACCAGACCGAGCCCGUCGACCUCUCGCUCAACAAGCCGCGCUCCUCUUCCACAGCCAACCCCACAGCCAACCCGUCGCCCGGCACCGCUGUGACGCAGCCCAGCCUCCCGGCGACGCCGGUCCCCUCUGCGGUACAAUCCAUAGGCUCCAUGGUCCUCUCUCCGGGCUCCAUCUUAGCCACACAGGGUGCAGGAGGUCAGCAGAUCCUCCACGUCAUCCACACAAUCCCUUCGGUCACCAUGCCGAGCAAGGUCGGCCAGUUGCAGACCAUCCCUGUGGUGGUGCAGUCGCUGCCCGUCGUCUACACCACCGUGCCUCCCGAUGGCGUCGCCACGGCCGCCAUCACAGUGCCGCUCAUCGGCAGCGACGGGCGCUCAGAAGGUUCCGUUCGUAUUAAACCGGGCUCGACGUCUCCGGUGGAGUACCAGACCGACAGCGAGGCGGAGAGCGGGACAGAGUCCAGAUCGCCCUCGCUGAGCGCCCAAAGCCUGGACGCAGGGUCAGUUAUGGACUUGGAGCCAGUCGAUCCAGAUUCUCUAGACCUCAAGAGGCGACGGAUCCACAUGUGCGACUAUGAAGGCUGCAAAAAAGUUUACACCAAGAGCUCCCACCUCAAAGCCCACAGGAGAAUACACACAGGAGAGAAACCCUACCACUGUACCUGGGAGGGCUGCACCUGGCGCUUUGCACGCUCAGACGAGCUCACCCGACAUUUCCGCAAGCACACAGGAAUCAAACCUUUCCGCUGCACUGAGUGCGACCGCUCCUUCUCCCGGUCCGACCACCUCUCCCUGCACCGCCGCCGCCACGUGAUGAUGUGAACCUCCUAACCAACUCCUCCCCGCCGAUUCGGUCCUUCACAGCACAUCGGCCCCGCCCCUCCCCACCUCACCAGCAUUGACUUCAUCCUGUUUGCAGACGACAACAAAAAAAGACGUUUGAAACGUGGCGGAUUUUAGGGACGUCUUCAUGUUUGCAUGCACGUGCGGUGGAAUCGUCCUCGCCGUCCAUCCCGAGGAAGUCCUCUCUGUACAAUCCAGAACUCUACGAGUCGUCACCGCCUGAAGGGAAGAGACUGAGGAGCGUCCAGGAAAUCCAUCCAUCCUUUCCAUCCAUCCAUCGGAGGAGAGGCGGGGACACAGCAGAGACCUUCAGUCUCUACUGGGGUGUCACUUCAGCUGCUCUUUUGGCCGUCCUGAUCUCCUGGGAGGACCGACGGAUCGAUUCGUCUUCUUUGGGAUUCACGUUCUGCUACAUCUGUGCCCAGAGGCGGUUCAGCCCAGAAGUAGAUCUAACGCUGGAGUUUGGAUGAACUCUACAGUGAUUGGAUCGUACCAUUUGUAAAUGUGGGGGGGUUCGUCUGCAUCCACAGCAGCUGAAGUGACAUCUGUCCGUCCCCCUCCAACGAUACAGUUUCAAGACUGUGAAUUUAAAUCAAGAAUCUGAUUUUGGGGUUUUUUGGUGGAUCAGUCGCAUUGUUGCCCCCCCCCCUCUAUGAUAACAGUAUUUGCUUUGGAUGUGUUGUUGUUUUAGGAAAAAAAGGCCUUCAGUCCUCGUUUUUUUCUUCUCUGCCAUAUUCUGAACAGAAAAAAAAAGUUUUUUUGGAGGAAAAUGUUGAAAAAUAGAAACGUAGAGAGGAGUGGUGGAAGGAGACGACUCCGGCAGGGAGGGGGGGACUUUUGUUCACGCGUGUGUGCGUGCGUGUGUGUGUUUGUGCAUGUUUUAACGAUAAAAAACACAUUAUCAGAGCAGAUUUUUAUGAGUGUGUGUUCCGGGCACCUGUUGUUGUUUUACCUCUUGCCCGUUGAGCCUUAAUAACUGAAGUCAAUCUGUAAGGGCAAAUCCAGAGCCGCUGAGAGACGACGAGCCAGCACAAAUCCAGCAACCUUUGACCUUUUUGUCCUUAAAAGAGAAUUAAAAAAAAAGAUUUAAUGUUCUCUACGGAAAGAAAGAGAGCUUAAAUUGAAGAUACCUCCUACCUGCUGCCUUUAGCCCCUCCACCUGUCCGGCCGUCACCUCCACCCCCUCAGCAGUCGUCUUUCAGGGGUUCUGGGGAAACCAGGCACUGUGUCGGGCUGUCAGGGUCCAUUGCGCCUGGGGUUUGAACCACGGGGAAACUAAGCGCUCUCCUCUCUAGCAUUUUCAGCCCAGCGGGGGUCAGUUCUCCCAACCUCCACGCUAACACCUCUAUGGGGUCAAAUCAGGAUCUUCUGAGGGGGCGGGGUCUGUAGGCUAACAGAAAACGUGUUUUCUCAUUGCAGUUCUGUCUGCGAUUGUUGUUAACACUGUUUUCUGUUGGAGAAAACAGUGUUUUCUUUUAGCAAAAGAUUGUUUUACUAUCAGAAGACAUGUUAGCAAAACACCAUUAGCAAAAUGCAGUUUUUUCUGUUAGCAAAACUGUGUUUACAUUAGCAAAAGACUGUUCUGCUAACAGCAUUUUCUGUUAGCAAACACCAUUAGCAAAACGCUGUUUUGUUGUGUUUCGCUAACAGUGUUUUCUGUUAUCAAAACACUGUUUUACUAGCAGAGUUGUCUGUUAGUAAAACACUAUUAGCAAAACAAAGUUAGCGAAACACUGUUUACAUUUUGCUAAAUGUAAACAGUGUUUCGCUAGCAGAAAACAUUGCGUUUUGCUAAAUGGCGUUUUCUGUUAACAAAACACAGUAAAUAUUCUU